AUGGCUGAAAGCUCGAACGUCCCCCACUCCAGUGUCGGCGGGGGUGGGUUCAUCCCAGCGUUGCCCUCACCUGCGCCAACUACAUCCACAACAGCCAGCCUACCAUCUGCCGGGCUCCCACACCCCCGCUCACGAGCCCUUCGCCCGGGUUCCUCCAAAGAGGACCAGGUGCGGAAUUUUGUCUCGGAGCGCAUGGCACACAUCACUCGGCGCUUCAUCAAGAAAUUUAAGACAGGGGCAACGGGGGAUGACGUGGGGGAAGGAGAUGCUCAUGUGGAUGAGGAUGGCGAUGAUGGGGUUGAGGGUUACAGUUCUAUCGAUGAGUUAUCGAAGGAUUUGGAUGAAGUAAUUGGUGUGGUUUGGCUGUCCGGUACUCCAAAUAUACAAAUUCCGUCACUUCUUAACAUAGCCAGCGAGUUCAACACAUGGAUGGCCGGUCUCCCUGCGUCAGCCAACCCUGUGUUUAAAACACUUCACAAAUUAGAUCACUGCUUCGCCAGUCUGCUCUCGGGCGAGGAUAUUGAAACCCACGAGUCACUUCCAGGAUUCGAGAACGGCCUCCGCAGCGGAAUGUCCCGGACGGAUAUGGUACGCUGCAAGAGCACGGUCCAGAAUGCGAGGGUCGUGGUGGUCGAUGUGAUGAGCAGACGACAUGCGAUGGGUGUGAUAAGGGAGGCGGAAGGAGAGCCGACAGAAGACACGGAGGAUAGCGGUUUGGAUGGCCCUGGUGGUACGUGGAAUGAUGAGGGCGAGGAAGAUCUUUACAUGGAUGUGGCACGGGUAUAUGAACAUACUCUCGUCAAAUUGGGUGACACGUUAGGGGAGUCAGGGGUAGCAGAUGUGGAAAUGUCGGCGGAUUAG